AUGACGGCAGGUUCUCUGUCGAAGUUGGAUUCGGGAUCAAGUUGUUCGAUUUGUAUGGAGGAAUUCGCAGUGAAUCAAGAGAUGAACCACUUGCCCUGCAACCACUUCUUCCAUCGUCACUGCAUUGCUUCUUGGCUUAAGAGAAGCAAGACUUGUCCUCUUUGUCGCUGCAAGGUGUCGUUGGGCAAACCAAAUCCGGCAAAUCUCGGCCACGGCAGUCAGUUGCGUCGUGAGCUACUUGGAAGGGGCUUUCGGGUGAUUCGAUUGCCUUUUUCUUUCCCGUCCACGGCUCCGUCUCGGGUUAAUGGGAAUGAUCAUCCUUAUGUGCGUAAUAGGAGGAGGGGAGUUGAUAAUAGGGCUCUGAACUUCAACGCGAACGUGAACGUGAAUGUGAAUGUGGAUGCGAACGUGAAUGUGAACGGGAAUGUGAAUGUUGAUGUCGAUGUGGAUGCGACUGGGAACAGGGUGGGGAAGCUACCACUACAAGGAGGUGAAAUGAAUCACCGUUGGGAGUGGUCUAAUGGGGAAGAUAAUGGUGGGUAUGUUUGCAAGAAAGGGAAUGUAUAUGAUGGAGAAAAUUCAAAAGCUAAAGAAGCCUAG